CCCCUCCGUCGCCCUGGCAACGGGACGCACAGUCUCGCGCGGGGUGCCGUGGCGGUUUGGAUCUGGCCCUGGGGAAUCGUGUCAUGUCGCGACCGAAGAAUCAAAAUUACAAGGGCCAUGGGCUGUCAAAGGGAAAAGAGCGAGAGCAGAGAGCAUCGAUCCGGUUCAAGACUACCCUUAUGAAUACUCUCAUGGACGUCCUUCGCAACAGGCCGGGAUGGGUGGAAGUGAAGGACGAAGGGGAGUGGGAUUUCUACUGGUGUGAUGUCAGCUGGCUCCGGGAGAACUUCGACCACACCUACAUGGACGAGCACGUGCGGAUCAGCCACUUCCGAAACCACUACGAGCUGACCCGCAAGAACUACAUGGUGAAGAACCUGAAGCGGUUCCGGAAACAGCUGGAGCGUGAGGCAGGAAAGCUGGAGGCAGCCAAGUGCGACUUCUUCCCCAAAACCUUUGAGAUGCCAUGCGAGUACCACCUGUUUGUGGAGGAGUUUCGCAAAAACCCAGGAAUCACCUGGAUCAUGAAGCCGGUGGCCCGGUCACAGGGGAAGGGCAUCUUCCUCUUCCGGAGGCUGAAGGACAUCAUGGACUGGAGGAAGGGCAACGCCGGGAAGAAGCUCACCAGCCUGGAGGCCCAGCCAGCCCGGAGCACUGCCAACCCCUCUGGCAGCCAUGACGCAAGAAGUUCUGACGACCAGAAAGAGGACAUUCCCGUGGAGAACUAUGUAGCUCAGCGAUAUAUCGAGAAUCCCUACCUGAUAGGAGGCCGCAAGUUUGACCUGCGUGUCUACGUGCUGGUGAUGUCAUACAUCCCGCUGCGGGCCUGGUUGUACCGGGAUGGCUUCGCCCGGUUCUCCAACACGCGCUUCACACUCAGCAGCAUUGACGACCAGUAUGUUCACCUCACCAAUGUGGCCGUGCAAAAGACGUCUCCCGACUACCACCCAAAGAAGGGCUGCAAGUGGAUGCUGCAGCGCUUCCGACAGUACCUGGCGUCAAAGCACGGGCCUGAGGCGGUGGAGACGCUCUUCAGUGACAUGGACAACAUCUUCAUCAGGAGCCUGCAGAGCGUGCAGAAGGUGAUCAUCAGCGACAAGCACUGCUUCGAGCUGUACGGCUACGACAUCCUCAUAGAUCAGGACCUCAAGCCGUGGCUCCUGGAGGUCAAUGCGUCCCCAUCGCUGACAGCCAGCAGCCAGGAGGACUAUGAGCUCAAGACCUGCCUCCUGGAAGACACCCUGCACGUUGUGGACAUGGAGGCCAGGCUCACAGGGAGGGAGAAGCGAGUCGGAGGGUUUGACCUCAUGUGGAAUGACGGCCCUGUCAGCAGAGAGGAGGGGCCUCCUGACCUGUCGGGGAUGGGGAACUUUGUGACCAACACGCACCUUGGCUGCGUCAACGAUCGGAAAAAACAGCUGAGGCAGCUGUUCCGCUCCCUUCAAGGCCAGAAGAAAGCUUCCAGCUAAUCCUCAGCCACCAGGAGGAGAGCGACCCCGGGAAGUGCCACCCCAGUCCUCUCUCCGCUCCACGUUUCCAGCAUGGCAGCACCUCAGAGCAUUCGCCUUCCUCCCUCGGCCUGGCAGCAGCUUUGCUGGCUCAGCGGCAGGCUGCUUGCCAAUCGUUCCAGGCCCCCUGGAUGCACACCCCCCCACCUGCCACCGGCGGGCAUCUCUGCACCGGGAGACAGCCAAUCCCCGGGACUGCAUGGACUCUAACCUUCACAGACUUGGCAAUCAGGCCCAACGAGGCCAAAGGCAUCAAGUUCUGCUACCCCAGAGAGAGCACAUCUAAUAAACGAGCACAGGCCUUACUCGGAGUCACUGGGCACCAGGCCUGGCGUGGGGGCUGCUGUCAGCUGCAGCCAAGUCUUCCUGGCUUUGACCUUUGAUGUCUCUCAGGAGGUCAGAGCUGAAAGGGUCUUCAGGAGCACGGUCUGGGGGCGGGGGUAGGGGGCGGACUUAAGCUGUGCUUGCAAAGCAGCACGAUUAGACUGUACUUAUUAGGGGUCUGGGGAAGGGCUGAGUGAGCCCUAAGUAUAUCUUCCCCUCCUUGCAAAACCCUGACCUUGCAUGUCAAGAGAACUCAGGAUCUCUGACCAUCUGAAAAGCAGUGGGCCAGAGCAUCCCCAUUUCUCAGAUGGAUAAGGUCACGGCCAAGAAGGCAGAGCUGCUUAACGGGGGUUUCUGCAAACAUGUACUUAUCUAAGUCAGCUGGGUGACGUAGGUGCCCUCUGGGCCUUCCUGUUUGAGGUGGGGAGCUGAGCUUUUUAAACUAGAACGCCUCGGGCUGGCAGGCAAGAUGGCUUGGGGAGUUGACUACAGUACCAUUUCCACAUCCCAACAUUCCUGAGUCUCCUCUCAGUUUAAGAGGGGUUGCAACAGAGUGGGCUGGUGCGCUAACUGCUCCAUGAGGGACCUACCAUUCUCCCUGCUUAGGACAGUUCUUCUGGCUGCAAAUAGCAGAAUCUGCCUAGGCAAAGGGAGGGUUUUUGGAAGGAAAAUACUGGCAAAUCUAAGAACUGAACCAGCCAGGCUUGGGAAGGCCAGAAGCCACACCACUCUGGGUCUCCUGCCUCCAGAGUGUGGGGACUUCCCUCCAUGUCUGUGACCGAGGCAAGCGCAGCCAGCCCCAGACAUGGGGUCCACAUUUCUAGGAAAGAGAAUCUGAUUGGCUCUUCUUCAUUGUCCCAGACAGGCAGGGAUAAUUUUGGACAGAUGGAGAAAUUGUGAGCCAGGCAGUCAUACAGGACUGAAUCUAUCAAAGUGAGUUCCACAACUCCCUACUAUUUUACAUUUAUAUUUUAAAACAUGCAAUCUAACACGUCCUUCCCUUCCAGUCUUGUGCCCCAACCAUGCAAUUUCUGUCCUGAGGGAACCACGUAGUGUCUGCACACAAAUUAUCAGCCUAUUAGACACUUGUCCUGCCCCGUUCUCACUUAACCCAUCUUGGAGCUUGUUCCAAAUCAAUGCUCAAAGAGGUUCCCUCUUCUUGAUUAUAGCUGUAUAGUACUCCACUAUCUGGAGCUAUGGAUCCUUUUAACUAGUCUACUGGGGUGGACAUUUAGUUUCCAAUUCCACUUCCCUACUUCGUAGGGCCAUCAUGAGCAAAAUACACAGUAAUGUCUACUUAAAAAAUUCAUAAUGCAAAAUCAUAGGUCUGGGCCAAAUUUUGCUUAUGUAAGCUAUCUUGUUUGGCUAAAAUUCAAGUUCUAAAAUUGUUCCGAAUUAGCAGUAUUUAAAAGGCAGAAGAUUCCAUUUAAAAAUCCAAAUGUCUGACUCCUCUUGAAAUCUGGCCAUGCUAACCUGUGUUCCUAUAUAACCAUCUGUCGGAGCCGAGUGAGCGAGGGAAAGAUUCGCCAUGAGCUAACAUCUGUUGCCAAUCUCCCUUUUUUCCUCCCCUCCCCAAAGCCUCAGUACACAGCUGUAUAUUCUAGGUGUAGUCCUCCUACUUCUGCUGUCAGUUGCCACCACAGCAUGGCUACUGACAGAGGAGAGAUGUGGUUCUGCACCCAGGAACCAAACCUGGGCCGCCAAAGUAGAGUGCACCAAACUUUAACUGCUAGGCCAUCAGGGCUGGCUCUGCUCUCUCCAUUUUGGCAUUUGUGGUUGUUGCUGCCUGUCUAACCCUGCUACCAUUUCGAGGAACCACAGUCCCUUUGUAGGUGGCACCCUAAAGGGAGUGGUGUGCCCUCAAUAAAGGACCAAAUCAGGUAAACAUUAGCAGCUGCUA